UGCAUUAAUGGUUCUGCCUUCUUGUCACUUUAUAUAUGUUGAGAAAGAUAAAAAGAUUUGCUAUGUCUAUAUUUUUUUAUUUUUUAGAGCCACUGACUUGACUCAUGUCAUGUUUCGAAUGGGUAUCCUUGCUGUGUUAAGAUCUAAGUGCACAAAAGCAACAAUUGGAGCAAUGAUAACUGCUUCACAUAACCCUGUUGAAGACAAUGGCAUUAAAAUUGUGGAUCCUAUGGGAGAUAUGUUAGCAGCAAGUUGGGAAAAAUAUGCAAUUGAAUUGGCAAAUGUUUCAGAUUCUAAAAUAGAUUCUGUAAUGAUGAAAAUUAUUAAGUCUGAAGAUAUUGAUAUGAAUGUGAAGGGUUCUGUGUUUCUUGCCAAAGAUACAAGACCUUCAUGUGUAACUUUAGCUACUGGGUUUCUUAAAGCUGUUGAAGCUCUUUCUUCUGACUUCAAUGAUUUUGGUAAGUACAAUAAUAACAAUUCUUUAUUCAUGUUAUUUUUUAUUAUUUGAAAAAAUUAUUUGUCAA